AUGCCGUCAGCUGCGGCAAUUGAACAUCGAAGCCAGUCACCUUAUGAAGGUGUUGAUUGUGUUGACUUCGACCUGCUUCCCGUCAUCGUUGAAGACGCAUGCGAAGUGAACGAUGCAGUGCCCUCGCGUGCCCGCGCACGAACUGCUUUUCCGAGCAAGUACAGAAAGCUGUGCGCCAGCGCUCAAGGCAGCCGGGACUUGGGAAGACCGAGGUCACCACCAAAUUCCAGGACCAUCAAAAUUUCAGAUGAUCUGGAGAUGAUCCUUCCCGACGCUCAGGACAUGCGGGCGACGCGUGUGAGUAGGUACCGACGGGCCAGUUCCAGAGCCAUGCGAGCUGCACGUUUCGAACCUUUUCUCUCGUCCCUGUAUUUGGAACCCUUUCAUGGCGACAUGCCAAGACACUGCAGCAUCUGCAGGCAGACAUUCGUAAUCGGAGAGCUGCGAUUGGGUUACAUGCUCGAAGAUUUGACGUUGCGCCCGAAGUGGAUUCAUGUCAACUGCGCUCGGCGGGCACGACUUCAGGCCAUUGGGCAACGCCUUGCCCACAGCCCCACAAUUUCUGAAGCCGCUCUGCAAGGAGCCCUGACGGAUCUGGGGCGUACUCGAGAAUCGUCACACAAUCUCGUAUGCUGGAGCUACUUGCCCGCAUCUGUGCGCCAGUGGCCCAACCAGCUUGUUCGUGCUGUUCGAGAACCUGAGAUCGAGGGAGGCAACCAUGGAGUUAACUCACACUCUGAGCAGGCAAUCGCUGCUAUUCUUUCAGCACUUCCGUGCUCUCAGCUGAGAGCCUCCAUAGAGGCUUGCACCAUCUGCCACCAAGUGAUGUCACAGGGGGAGAUGGUGUGCUCCUUGCCUUGUGCCCAUGCCUACCAUGUGGGCUGCAUAGAUGCCUGGUUGAGGAUUAAGACGACAUGUCCACUUGACAACCGUGACAUUCAGCAGAUGCUGAGCCAGCCAGACAGUGAAGAGUGCAAGCAGGGUCGAGUCGUUUGGGCGGAGCUCUUCAAUUCCCUGCCAGAUCCGCAGUCCGAAUAUCCCCCCUUGGAUGAAAGGCCUUUUCCAGAGCGUUUCACGGACGACUUCUUCCGGGAUAGCCUUCCAGAGCUUGAGUUCCGACUGGAAGAGGCCUGUGUCAAGGGCAACAUUCAAGAGGUACAUGACCUGAUCUUGAAAGGUGCCAACAAGAAUGCGCCUUUAGACAAGGAUCUCAAGACGCCGCUGAUGAUAGCUUGCCAGCUUGGCUGGUUUCACUUGGUGAAGUGGCUGGUUGAGUUUGAGGGGGUGGACGUGGAUGGGCCGAUGUCUAGAUGUGGUUUCAGAGCCAUCGACUAUGCUGGGAAGGAGCAGUUCCGUUGGCCAAACGAGGAGGUAGAGAUUGCAGAUUACCUCAGGACCAUGGGCUCCAACUACACAUGGUGGGGCGCCUGUUUUUCUGGUGACAUUCAGCGCAUCGACGAGUAUCUUCAGAAUGGUCAGGACAUCAAUGAGAUCAACCCAGCCCUCUGGAAUUACAAUGCUGUGGAUUGCGCCAUGCACGGUGGAUGUGGCAAAGCCGCGCAGUUUCUCGUUGCCCGCGGUGGCAUCAUUACGGUAAGAAACUGUCACAUUCCUGUGUGGGACGACAUGCUUUGGAGCAUCGGGCGUGGCGAUGCUUUCAUGUACAAGGAGUGGGGCUUGGAAGAAGGAAGCUUCACCAAACUCUGA